AUGAGCGAGGAAGUGUCAGAGGUCCCCAAAGAGCUUCUGGAGAGUGUGAGGGAUGCAGUGGGGAGGAAGGUGAAGCUGUCACUGAGGAGGAGAGUCAAACUGGAGAUCAAAGGAGACAAGACGGAGAACAGAGUCCUGGCCCUAGCGUCUCACCGAGUCUACCUCUUGACGGCACGCAUUCCCACCAAGGUGGAACACUCCUUUAAUUAUCUGGAGAUCCAGGGGAUUGCUUGUAACAAGCCUACACAGCUGUUCAUAGAGUACGAGCGUGGCUCCUUCUCUCUGAAGCUGCUCUCUACAGAGGAGGUCAAUGAGGUGGUCGCUCACAUAGGGAACUGUCUGCUCAGGAUAUGUCCCGGUCUACAACCUAGUAAAGUGAUGAAGAAGCUCUGCAUGGAGCCUCCAGACAGGCUGAUCUCUCUGCAGACUCUGUGGGAGAACAACAAGCCUGCUGAGCCUGGACCUUGUGGUGGGUUUUCUCAGAUGUACAGAUGUGUCUGUGACUGGUUGGGGCUGCCUUACAAAGAAGAGGUGCAGUGGGAUGUGGACACCAUCUAUUUGACACAAGACACCAGAGAACUCAACCUGCAGGACUUCAGCCAUUUGGAGAACAGGGAUCUGGUGGCUAUAAUAGCAGUGCUGGAGUUUAACCAGUGGUUCACCAAGCUCUCCACCAAGGACUACAAACUGUCUGCAGAUGUGUGUGAGCAGAUCCUUCGGGUAGUGUCUCGCUCCAAUCGACUGGAAGAGUUGGUUCUGGACAACGCAGGACUCAAAACUGAUUUUGCCCAGAAGCUAGCUUCCACCCUGGCCCACAACCCCAGCUCAGGACUCACCACCAUUAAUCUUGCCAACAACCCACUGGAGGACAGAGGUAUCUCCUCCCUGGGUGCUCAGUUUGCCAAACUUCGUUUGGGGCUCAAGCAUUUAAACUUCUCGAAAACCUCACUAUCACCCAAAGGGGUGAACAGCCUUUGUCAGUCACUGAGUGCCAACCCCUCCAUCCCCAGCAGCCUGGUCCAUCUGGACCUCUCAGGGAAUGUCCUCCGAGGAGACGACAUGCAGCAUUUCUACCACUUCCUGGGUCAACCCAACAGCCUGGCAACCCUUGACCUCUCCAACACUGACUGCUCAUUGGACCAGGUUUGCUCAGCUCUGUUGCGGGGCUCAGUCGAACACCUCUCUGUUCUUAAUGUGUCAAAGAGCAUCUUCCCUCACAGGAAAGGCAAAGAGGUGCCUCCGUCAUUUAAGCACUUCUUCAGCAGCGCCAUGUCUCUGAGCUCCAUCAACGUUUCAGGAACCAAGCUGCCGCCAGAGGCCCUCAAGGCUCUCCUGCUUGGCCUGGCCAGUAACCUCAAUCUGAAGGACGUGUCUCUAGAUCUCAGCUGCUGUGAGUUGCGGUCAGGAGGCUCUCAGAUCCUUGAAGGUUGUAUUGCAGAGAUCCCAAACAUCUCCAGCCUAGACAUCUCUGACAACGGCCUGGACUCAGACCUGUCCACUCUGCUGGUGUGGUUGGCCAAGAACCGAUCCAUCAGACACCUGUCUCUGGGCAAGAACUUCAACAAUAUCAAGUCCAAAAACCUUGGCCCAGUGUUGGACAGCCUGGUACAUAUGAUUCAGGAAGAGGAGUCGCCCCUCACCUCUCUGUCUCUAGCAGACUCCAGACUGAAAAGUGAUCUGACCAUCGUUCUGAACGCCCUCGGCAGCAACUCCUCGCUCACCAGGUUAGACAUCAGCGGGAACGCCAUGGGGGACAUGGGAGCCAAGAUGUUGGCCAAAGCGUUUCAGAUCAACUCCAAACUCAGGACUGUGAUGUGGGACAAGAACAACACCAGCCCUCAGGGUCUUCAGGAUGUAGCAGCCGCUCUGGAGAAGAACUUCACCAUUCGUUUCAUGCCCAUCCCCAUCAUCGAUGCCUCCCAGGCUCUGAAGGCCAGCCCUGAGAAAACAGAGGACGCCUUGCUAAAGAUUGAGAAUUAUCUGUACAGGAACCAUGAAACAAGGAAAUACCUACAGGAACAGGCUUAUCGGCUGCAGCAGGGCAUCGUCACCACAACUACACAACAGAUGAUUGACAGGAUUUGUGUGAAGGUGCAAGACCACCUGAACUCUCUGAGAAACUCUGAGACAGACGCCAUCUUGGAGGACGUCAGGUCAGCAGAGAACCUGAUCAAAGAUGCCAGAAACUCUAAAACGCUGCUCCCGAACCUCUACCACCUAGGGUCAGCUGCCAGAGAGGAGGUGAACAGCUCGUCAGCGGGACCCAUCCAGGAGAAACUGGAGUCUAUGGCCGGGGAGGUGACUAACGUCAUGGACCAACAACUACAGACUCUGUUGGAGUCGAUGGUGGACGCAGCAGAGUCUCUGUGUCCCCAUGUAAUGAAGAGGAGUACUCUUCGUCCAGAGCUAAUGAAGGCCAGCUCAGCCAAGAUGGUCGUACCCAAAAGCUUUGUCACCAAAACCCUGCUUGAACAGUCUGGUGUGGAUAUCAUCAACAAGAUCAGUGAGGUGAAGCUGAGUCUAGCUUCUUUCCUGUCUGAUCGCAUUGUUGAUGAGAUUCUGGAGGCUCUUUCCACUUCACAACUCACUCUGGCAGACCACCUUGUGCGGCGAGGUCGCCCGUUGGUGCGGCAGGAGUCUGUGGAUCUGGACGUCCCAGAGGAGAAGAUUCCUAAAAGAGCAUCGACUGAGCUACUGGAGGCUGAGCGGCUGGAGGAUCUAGAGACAUGCAUGAUGACUCCUAAAUCCAAGAGGAAGAGCAUCCACAGCAGAAUGCUUCGGCCAGUGUCUCGUGCCUUUGAGAUGGAGUUUGACCUGGACAAGGCCCUGGAAGACGUCCCUAUCCAUAUGGAGGACGCUUCAACUUCAUCUCAAACUCCACCUACUCCAUCUCAGGUCCUACCAAAAAUGGAGCACCGACUGCCAGGAGGGAUGGUGGAGCUGCCGUCUGAGGAGGAAAAAAAGCUGCAGCACUUCACCAAACUGCGACCACGACGGAACAAGAAAAAGCAUUCCAGCAAAAUACCUGUGAGUAAAGCUUAUGCUCCAUCUCAGGAUGGUGAGCAGAACGGCCUCAUGGGAAGGGUGGACGAGGGUGUGGACGAGUUCUUCUCCACAAAAGUCACCAGGAUGGACUCCAAACGUUCCAAGAGUUCAGAAUCUCACGAUGGAGAGAAGAAAAAGAGUAAAGGAGGGUUCCUCAACCUCAUUAAACGUUCCUCCAAAUCCGAAAAAGCAGAUACGGCUUCCAUCCCUGAGGAGCCCUCUUCACCAAAGGUGGCAGUAAAGAGCCCACCACCUGAGCCAAAGUCUAGCCGCUCCCAGCCCAACGACUACAGCAGCAGCUCAGACCGCUCAGAGGAGCUGAGGACGCCAGACUCCAUGGACGAGCCCUGGGAGUGUUCGGAUGGCAGGGGCAGCCCUCAGGGAGGCAGGAGGUACCCGGGGAUGCAAAUGAUGGGCAGCAGCCUCCUCGCAGAGAUGAAGGCCAAGCAGGAGAGGAGAGCACACAAGUCCUCCAGCCCAGACAGACCUGAAAGCAAUGCAACAGCAGCAAAGCCCCAGCCCAUCAUUUCAGAAAGCCGGUCUCCAAGUGGCUCAACGAAUAAAUCAGACCCUCCGGUUGGUUCUCCGGAGAAGACCUCUCCCCGUGGCGAGACCAAGCCUGACCCGGCCCCUCGUCUCAGGGCUACGUCCUCCUCGAGUUCUCCUGGGGGGCCAGUGAGUCCCAAACCACCGGUGCCCCAGGGAGCAAAGCCUGCUCUGGCUGCCCGACCCACCAUCGCACAGAAGCCAAGGACCAGCAGCACCAGCAGGAGCAUAGAUGAGAGCUCAGAUUCCCCAAACAGCGGUGGCGUGUCUCCUAAGGUCACAGCUCUUACUCCAACGCUAAAGAGGACGGUGUCAGAGAAAGACAAAGAGGGCCAGACCAGUCUGCAGUCAGGAGGCUCUACGAACAAAAACACUCAGGAUGGGAGGGCGGGGUUUGUGUCAGACUCUGUUCAGCGACCCAGCCGUCUCCGUAAAAACUCUGAGGAUCAAGGCUCCUUUAAGACCAAGGACCAAUCUCCAAACCCGGAAAAGGACAAGGCAUCGGGCAAAAAGUCCUCAGACUCUGGGGAAGAGGCAGACAAAGAAUUUAUUUUAAUAUGAGUAAGACAAAUUCACAGCAAAACCUGUUGACAAGCUUCUCAUGUUUUCCUUUAGAAAAGCAACUA